AUGGGAACUCAUCUAGAGUUCAAUGGCGUGGAAGCAAAACAGCACCUACAAAGAAAGGGAGAGAUAGAAGAUGAAGCAGAAAACUACAGCUAUGCCAUUCAGAUGGUGAAUUCUAUUGCGCUACCCAUGUCCUUGCAUGCUAUAUUGGAGCUUGGCGUGUUAGAUAUAAUACAGAAAGCAGGUCCAGAUGCUAAGGUCUCAGCCAAGGACAUCGCAGCACAAAUUUCUUGUAAGAAUCCUGAUGCACCCACCAUGCUAGACAGGAUCCUCAUGCUCUUGUCCAGUUACUCUGUGCUUCAUUGUUCUGUUGUUGAUGCUGAUGGUGAUGAUGAAAGUGGUUCUUUUAAGAGAUUAUACAGUCUGAAUUCUGUGUCCAGAUAUCUUGUGCCCAAUCAGGAUGGGGUGUCAUUGAAGCCUCUCAUGGCAUUGAUUCAUGACAAGGUCUUUUUGCAAAACUGGUCCCAAUUGAAAGAGGCAAUUUUGGAAGGUGGUAUACCCUUCAACAGAGUUCAUGGCAUGCAUGCCUUUGAGUAUCCGAGCUUCGACCCCAGGUUCAAUCAAGUUUUUAAUGCAGCAAUGAGCAACGCCACGCGCAUCGCCGCAAAGAAGAUUCUCGAAUCCUACAAAGGCUUUGAGCACAUCAAUAAGGUAGUGGAUGUUGGAGGUGGUCUGGGCACUACCCUUAGUUUCGUCGUCUCCAAAUACCCUCACAUUCAGGGAAUAAAUUACGACUUGCCUCACGUCAUAAAAGAAGCUCCUUCAUAUCCUGGCGUGACGCAUGUGGGAGGGGAUAUGUUUGAAAGUGUUCCACACGGAGACGCCAUAAUAAUGAAGCUUAUACUUCAUGAUUGGAGUGAUGAACGGUGCUUGAAGCUAUUGAAGAACUGCUAUAAUGCUAUUCCUGAUAAUGGGAAGGUCAUUAUUGUGGAGCAAAUCCUUCCCGCAAUGCCUGAAAAUAGUACCAAGGUGAAGGCUGCAUGCCAAACUGAUGUUCUUAUGAUGACUCAAAAUCCAGGAGGGAAGGAACGAAGCGAAGAAGAAUUCAUGGAACUAGCAACUAGAUCAGGAUUUAGCGGCGUUAGAUAUGAAUGUUUUGCUAAUGACCUUAGGGUUAUGGAGUUCUUCAAGUAG